AGCGGCGGUCCUAUCGAUCGGGAGUUGGCUGAAGAAGAGCUGCAGCAGCAGCGAGGGUUUAGAGAGCUGCAAGAAACAGCAGCACAACUUUCUGCUCAAGUGGAGGCUUUGAAGGAAGAAAAUGAUAAUGCACGCCAGGGGGAAAACCUGCUGCUGGCGCUGGUGGAGGAGCAGCUGCUCAAAUGCUGCAGCAGGCAAAAGAGAAGAACAGACAAGUAA